AUGAAGAAGGUGCCACAUCAGCAGCACACCGGUGAUGUUGCUAACCAGGGCAGCAACAGAGCAGACAGAGCAUCGUGCGGUGAACCUGGAGUUGAUGUGCUGGACACCGAGACCAUGCACCUCAUGAAAUGUCUCCUAGGAGAAUGUAUGAUCAACAGACUUUCAUUGGAUGACAGAGGGGAUGAUGUGAAGUUCAUCGGUGUAAUAGCUACUAGCCUCUUCGAAGACGGGACCGUCAACUGGGGCCGUGUUGCAAGCCUGGCAGCCUUUGGGUAUGCGGUGUGUCAGUACUGGACGGAGAAGAGUAGAGAGGACUGUGUGGAGCGAGUGGGAGAUGAGAUCUCAGCUUACCUGCUGACUGACCAGAGGGACUGGCUGGUGAAACACAACUCAUGGGAGGGCUUCGUGGAGUUCUUUGGCGUAUCAGAACCGGAGUCCUCCAAAUGUGACUCGACAUUGAGUAACAUACUCAUGACCGUUGCUGGAGUAGCCGAAUGA